CAAACAAACAUUACAGCUUGACAUUUUUGUCCAUCAAAUAAACAAAGCACAUGAUGUCAUUUAUGCCUAAUUAUCCGCACGUCCCAAUUUAGUAAUCCGUAUUUUGCGGAACAUUUUCGAAAUAAAAUAAAAAAAAUAGUUUUCCUCCUAAUCGCUUUUCGAUUUCAACCAAUAUUAUUCCCAUUCGUUGUUCCCGAUAGGGUUCCGAUUCCCUUUAGAUUCUCCGGCAAACACCAAUCGGGAAGCCGAUUAACUUUUCCGAUUUGAUCGCUAUUUUGAUUCUGGAAUGUUGAUUCAUGGCCGAGCGGGGCGCGGCGAAUAGGAAGCCGCUGCUGCGGACGAUGGAUCGGACGGGGAGGGAGAGCGGGAGGAGCGAAGACGGCGGAUUCAGGCGGGGAAACCACCGCCGGUUCGGCGAAUUCGCCGGCAGUACAGCGGCGGAGUGCGCGACGGUGUGCUGCUGCUGCCCCUGCGCGGCGCUGGAUUUCCUGGUGCUGGCGUUGUACAAGGUCCCGGCCGGCCUGUGCCGGAAGGCGUGGAGGAGGAAUAAGCGGAAGCGGCUGCUGAUCAAGAGGAGGAAGAUGCAGGCGUCGGAGGGCGCCAGCACCGCCUCUUCGCCGGCAGGCGCCGAGACGGAGGAGAUUUGUGGGUCCCACGAAGAGGCGAAUUCCGACGAAUUCGAAACGGAGAUGUGGGGCCGGUUCUACAGAGGCGGGUUCUGGAGGAGCACGUCGGAGAGGGAGGAUUGAUAUGUACAGUGCUAUUAUACAACAUUUUCUUACGGAGUAUUAUUAUACCAUUUGCAGAGAUUAAAUUGCAAUUUCAUGAUUGGUUUGUAAAGGUUUUUUUGGUUCAAGUAUGGGAGGAAAUGAUUGGAGAGUUACAUUGUUGAUUU